CCAAUUUUCUUUGUGAGCCAACCAUCUCAACACUCCCCUUAUCCAUUGCUCUCAUAUUCACCUCACAAAAAAUAAUAUCCCAUGUUCACCCUUUUAUUAUCUCUCUACUUUGGCAAACUUAAAGCACUCCACAAGCCAUCACAACCAGCUUGGUGGUCAGAAAACAAUGGCAACUAUGACAACAUUCUCUGCAGCAACAGUAAGUUCAGCAGCCAUUAUAGGCACAGGCAGAAACUCUUCCCAGAAAGGAACCAAAGUGAAGUACAUUAGUGGAUUGAAUUCAUUUGAAGGGCUUAAGGCAAAUAACCAUGUUGCCUCGUUAGGCCUCCCUUUGUCCACUGAACAAGCUUUUGCAAAGAUUGUUAGCUCAUUGAAAACCCCAUCAUCACAUGCCAAUGGUGGAGCUUUGUCCUCUACUUGCAAUGCUGCUCUUGAGAUUUUCAGGAUUGCUACCAUUAUUCCUGGCUUGGUUCUUGUUGGAGUUGCUGUUGGAUUCGUCCUCCUCCGAAUCGAAGCUACUGUAGAGGAAUCUGAAUGAAACUUUGGUCUGUUAAACAUUUUCUUUUUUCCUGCAUCAAGAUUCACUCUCUUUCUAAUUCCUAUAAUCCUCUGUACUGAGGCAGAAUUGAUUUGUUUUGGAUAUAUAUGUUAAACUUAUAAACUAUGAGUUCUUCCAGAAACUUUAACCUUCUUAUUGUAUACACUUCUUUCUAAAUGUUAUGUGUUGCCUGACAAGAUUU